GAAGAGUGUUUUAAUGACUGAAUUAAAGGCCUGAAGAGUGUCUUAAACGGAUGGGAUGUCUGUCUAUCGGUUGAGAUCAUCAGUUUUGGUGACCAAACAUUUGAGACAAUGUUUAUCAUUGAGUUCACGGCUGAAGUCGAGCAAAGUUCGCGUCCGUUUCGGUCCUUCGCCGACGGGUUUCAUACAUUUGGGAGGUUUGAGGACUGCUUUCUAUAACUACUUGUUUGCCAAACAAUUGAACGGAGCGUUCAUUCUUCGCAUCGAAGACACGGAUCAAGAAAGAGUAGUUCCCGGCUCUCAACAAAACCUUGAGGAUAUGUUGAACUGGACGGGACUCACGCCCGAUGAGGGACCCACUGUUGGCGGACAAUACGGCCCUUAUAUACAGGUUUGCCAUUCAAAUGAUGGUCGAUAUGAAGUGAUUUAA